GCCUACAUGGGGAGCAAAGGUUUUACUGUUGCAGUUCUGGUUAGUGUGUAGCUAUCAUUUGCAGCAUAAUGGGGCUGCUGAAGUGCCUGUUUGGCGUUGUGCUCGUUGCUCUUUCGGCUCAUGAUGUUGCUGCCCAGCAUCAGUGGCUGAUGCCUCAACAGAGACCACAGUCGCCUCUACCUCCACAGCGGCCACAGCAACAGCCAAAGGUGCCUCUGCCUCAAACUCCCUUUGAGAAAUGCCAGGUGGAGGAGGGUGAGAAGAUCCAUUGUGGAGCCCCUGAUAUCACAGCCGAACAGUGUGAAACCAUCAACUGCUGCUUCGAUGGGCAACGGUGCCACUACGGGAAAGCAGUGACUGUGCAGUGUACCAGAGAUGGUCAGUUUGUGGUGGUGGUGGCUAGAGACGCCACUCUGCCCCACAUAGAUGUGGAUUCAAUCAGCCUGCUAGAAACAAAUGAUGCCUCCUGCAGCCCAGUUGGCACAACCUCCGCCUUCGCCAUCUUCCAGUUCCCCGUCACUGCAUGUGGUACUACAAUGACGGAAGAAAAUGGUUUUGUGGUGUAUGAGAACCACAUGUCUUCUUCAUAUGAAGUUGGAAUUGGGCCCAGAGGAUCAAUCACUAGGGAUAGCCAUUUUGAGCUGCUGUUCCAGUGUCGGUACACUGGCACAUCUGUGGAGGCUCUUGUGAUUGAGGUAAAUGAUGUUCCUCCACCUGUGCCUGUGGCUGCUCCAGGACCCCUUAGAGUAGAGCUCAGAUUAGCCAAUGGACAGUGCCAUGCCAAGGGAUGUGUGGAGGAGGAAGCUGCAUAUAGCUCCUACUACACUGCAGCAGACUACCCAGUCGCUAAGGUGCUGAGGGAACCCGUAUAUGUUGAGGUGCGCAUCCUGGAGAGGACAGACUCAAACAUUAUUCUGACUCUGGAGCACUGCUGGGCCACCUCCAGUCCCAGUCCUGACAGCAUGCCACAGUGGGACAUUCUGGUUGAUGGGUGUCCCUACCAGGAUGACCGUUAUCUGACCAGAGUGAUCCCAGUGGAUGGCUCCUCUGGGCUUCCGUACCCAAUGCACUAUAAGCGUUUUGUUGUGAAGAUGUUCACUUUUGUGCAUCAAGAAACGUUCGCUCCACAAAAGGACACGGUGUUCAUCCACUGUGCUACAGCAGUUUGUCAUCCAAGCAGCACAGAUUCAUGUGAACGGCAAUGCCACAGGAAACGGAGAGCUGCAGUGCAGAAAGCUUCCUCUGGCCAUAGGGUGCUAGUGUCAAGCGGCGAGGUGAUCCUGGCUGCCCAAAGGCCUUUCCCUGCCAACAACAGAGGUGACAUGAUCUCUGCUACAAAGAGGAAAUCCAAGAGAUGACGACAAUCCACUGGCAGCUUUAUCUGACUUUUAAAUAAAUUCUUGAUAAAACAUGA